AUGUUAAUUAAGUUUACAUGUUAUAUUCCAUAUCCUACAAGAGACAAAUAUGCCGCUGCUUCGGUAAUGGGUGACAAAAAGUUACCGCCUGACAUAAUUACCCUUAGAGAAAGUAAUCUAGUAAAUACUUCAAUGUUGUCAGAUCCAUAUUCCUUAUUGGGGGUAUCUAAAGAUGCAACUGAUAGGGAUAUACGAUUAGCAUUUUUAAAACUUGUUCGUAUAUUUCAUCCAGAUAAAAGUAUUUAUCAAAAAGUCAAGUACAUUAAUAAGAAUUCUACUAAUUUAGAUAUUACAAAGAACAGCAAAAAUGCCGAAUAUUCGGAUGUAAUUGUUCAAUAUCAUGCUUUAUAUGAUGCAUACAGUCUACUAAAAGAUCCUCAGAGAAGAAAGAAUUAUGAUAUAAAGUGUGAAAAAGAGAAAUUUAAUCCAUCUUCUUGGCAUUAUAAUAUUAAAUAUAAUCAGUUAAAGUGUCUUCAAGAUAACUCAGGAGUAAUGUACUAUGACUGUAGAUGUGGUGAUACAAUCUUUAUUGAGAAGAAAGAUCUUGAAGUUGGUUUCAAUUUAUUCCCAUGUGAUACUUGUUCAAUUGUCAUCUUGAUAUCACAUUAA